GCUGUGUGUGUAUUGUAUGGCAGUGGUGGGUACAGCACAGGUUAGGCCUGUUGGAUUAGCAAGAGAAUGGGGAGUCAGUCAGCGGAGAGAGGGCUGGUAUAAAAGAUAGGGGAGCAGAGUUUAAUCUCUGUGACAGUAGCGCUCAUGACCUCUCCUUGCGUCUCUGCUCCGCCUCCAAGCACUCUUGCUGACUGUGGUUUCUCUCUAUUCUCUCCUCCUUGUCUUCCCUUGACUCCUCCUCCUCCUCCUCAUCCUGCCCUACUCCUUCUCCUCCUCUCUGUCAGCAUGGAUGAAAACAUAGAAACCCACACCUUCCUGUACUUUGCCUACGGCAGCAACCUACUGAAGGAGAGGCUCCAGCUCAAGAACCCCUCUGCUUCCAUCCACUGUGUGACCAGGCUCAAGGACUACAAGCUGAUAUUUGGGAACUACAAGGGUCUGGCCAGUGACCGCUGGCAUGGGGGUGUGGCGACCAUCGAGAACAGCCCAGCGGACGAGGUGUGGGAAGUGGUAUGGAGGAUGAACGUGGCCGACCUCGAGUCUCUAGACAGGUGA